AUGGGAAUCAGCUACCGAGAUGCCCUUGCAUUACUGCAACACACAGCGGCAGGCAUCUUGAAAGAUCGAGGGCCACCGACGGAGAAACUCCCCGUCGACAAGGCUCUAGGAAGAGUUGCAGCGGAACACCACGCGAGUCCAAUAUGCACCCCUCCAAAGGACACAUCGGCCAUGGACGGCUACGCAAUAUCUUCUGGUGCGACCGUGGACGCAACUGUCGAAAUGCCUGUCACCUUCGUUGUUCAAGGUACGAACGCUGCAGGUGACGACCCUAUUGAAUUGCCAAACGAACCGAUUGAUGGCUGCUAUCCUUGCGUCGAGAUCAUGACAGGCGCACAAUUUCCCAUCAGUACUUCGAAUACACCGUUCGACGCAUGUGUCAAGAUCGAAGACACGGUUCCUUUUGGCGCAAAGUCCGAAUUCCAAUCACGGCAUCGAUUCGUUUUGACGCGUCCAGUACGGUUGCAUGCAAAUCGGCGCUUUGCUGGCGGCGACAUGCAAAAGGGCGAUGUUAUUGUUAGGAAAGGAGAAGUCGUGCGUUCGCGACACGUGAUGGGUCUAGCAUCGGUGGGCGUCCCCGAAGUUGUCGUCCGCCGCAGGCUUCGAGUCGCUGUGUGGACUACAGGCAACGAGCUUACUCGCGACACGGAUGGUGUUCGAAAGAGCUCGCAGAUCUUCGACUCCAAUGGUCUAUUCCUUGCUGCAGCGCUGCGUGAAGCGGGUGUCGACGUAGAUCUGAAGGGUAUCUUGCAGGACGAUGUGCAGAGUCUGGAGGAAGCCCUUGAUUCGGCUGAAGCUGCCACAUGGGAUUUGAUCAUUACAACCGGAGCUGUCUCUAAGGGCAAGUUCGACUUCAUUGUGCCAGCAUUGGAAAGGCUGCGUGCACAAGUACACUUCCAUGGUGUUGCGAUCCGCCCGGGGCACCCAAUGUUGUUUGCGACAAUGGACAGAGACUGCGGACCUGUUCCCUUCUUUGGGUUGCCCGGCAAUCCAAUUGCGACCGCUGCAUGCUUCCGCUUCCUGGUCGUGCCCUUUCUGCGACAAUCACUCGAUCAGAAUCCUGAACAACCAGAAUUAGCGGAGCUGUCGACGAAAAACGGUGGCCGUGAUAUGUUCCUAGCAUCUCCAUCACAUCUGGAUUGCUUUCGACAUGGCACUGUUCUUACUGGACCAGAUGGAAACAAAAUGAUUGAGCUGAGCCAGAAUCAGAGUCCAGCUGUCAUCUCGCAGUACGCCACAUCCAACUGCUGGGCACACAUUGCGAGAGGCUGCACCGGAGAAUCGGGCCCAAUAAUGGUGCAAUGCUAUCCUCACACUCCGCUUAUUGAUUGA